UUGGUUCGUUUUUCUUUUUAUUCAUCAUCAAUUUCCUUACGAAUGUUGUUAUCCAAGAAAACCGAAUGUUUCUAGAAGAACGUAAAGCCCCUUAAUAAAGGCAAGCACUUAGGCCAGGCUAAAGCUGUCGUAUGUCACAACUAUGAGGCGUUGAACACGAUUGUGCUUUUUUACCCAGAAUCCUCAGUAUCAGUGGCUACCCACAACUGAAGCCGAAGCGGCCUUUACAUCUGUGGAGCUUCUCGCUUUGGUUAGCUCCUGCUUUUGUCGCCAGAGUACGUCCACGUUGAAACUCACAUUGGACCAAACAUGGAAUUUAACGAAGAAGAAACUGUCAGUGUAAAUACCAGGGACAUUGACUUAUCUCUUUUACGUAAGUCAUUGCAAGCCAGGGGAAAAACAAUUGAUCAGCUGGUAAACUGCAUAUAUUAUGGCACCACUGAAGUCCGACAAUAUAUCCUUAAUGAGUCGGAUGUCAUUAUUGAAUGUAAGGCAUGCCGCAACCUUUUCCGAGCAUUACCUAACUUCGUGGCUCACAAGAGGAUUUAUUGUAUGGAUUCACACCUUAAUGUCAAUAUACCAUUACUACGUGAUCCAGAAGAAGUAAUCUCUGUGAAUCCUGAGCCACCAGAUGGUGAAGAAGGUGAUGAUUUUAUUGAAACGUCUAUUGGCCUGGCAAAGCAGAAUUUGAUGAAUGGACGAGAUAUGUCCCUUGAUGAAAAUUACAUGAGUUCAGAGAGCGAUACUGUAAGGUCAGAGACUCAGUUCUACGAGAGAAUUUGCAAUCAGCUUGAAAAGCAAAAACCAGACCCCACUAUUGGUGUUCGGUUCGAGCCAAUUGAAGGAACUGAUGUUGCUGUGAGAGUUGUGCCUCUCACUUCAGAAUGUGAUGCUAAGCUAGCUCAGGAAAACAAUGUAUCAAAACAGAAAGUCCGUAUACUAAGUCAUCCGAAUAAGGUACAAUCUGGCUCCAAGGUUACUCUUAAAACGGAUCUAAAAACAAAGAAAGAUAUUAAGUUAAAAGCGGAUUUUCGACAAUUGCGCUGCUUGGAAUGUAAUCGGACAAUGUCCUCUCGGCGUUAUCUGGUGGAACACAUUCUGAAUUUACACAGCGACAAGCGGCGUUAUUUCUCUUGUCCUUACUGCAAAGUUAAGUUCCGUUAUUUUCACUGUGUUGUACGUCAUCUUCGAAGAGUACACGAAUGUAGCAAAGAUGUGAUAGACAACAUGCGUGAAAAUCUCAGGAACUCUAGCUGGAUCGAGAACUCUCCCAACAAAGCAAAUAACAAAGUGCAACCAUUGCCCUCUACAUCUUCACAUUUUAAAGCUGAAGCUCCAAAGAUUAUUUCCCCAAAGAACAAAGAACAUUCUGGUAAAGUUCAAAAACUGAAAGUGAAGUUAUUUAGUCAAAAGAACACUCCUAGCAAGAGCAACCAUACAGAAUUUUAUCCUCCUCUUACUGUCGUCAAGCAAGAAGUUUUAAGUGAGGAAGAGUCUGCAAAGGAUUCUGAUUCAGAAAUCAACACAGGUAAAGAUUUGGAUGUGAAAGAUAUGACAGGAAAACACCGGCCUCCUACUUUAGCUCAGAGAAAGAAAAUGGCCAUGCUAAUGGAUAAGAAAAGCUUGACCUGUUUACAGUGCAAUCGAGGCUUUUCGAGAAUGUCUGGUUUGGUGCGACAUGUUGCGCACCAUUUGGGCUGGAAACGAUUCAAAUGCAAGUUGUGUAUGUACUCUGGCUAUGACAGGUAUGUUUGCAAAUCGCAUAUUGAAAGAAACCAUCUUGGUAAAGUUCCUGGUCUAACAAGGAAAGUAAUGGAUUACUACAUUGUUGACCUUGAAGAUGGUAAAAUUGUUAAUCCAGAUGGUACUAAAAGUAAGAAGUUAGGUCUCAAACUUGGUGUAAAUCCUACUAAAAAGUCUACUUUAUCAUCAGCAUCCACAGACAUAAAACCAGUCACAGUAUGCACAAGUCUGGGAAAUAGCAGUGGGCUUUCCAGUGUGGCCACUGUCAGGCUUUCACCUCUUUCAAACGAACAACUCCAGUUGAGUAAAGGUUGUGCUAUAUCCGCCGACAAGUCUGAGAAACCUCUGAAAGGUUCUGACUUGAAGAAGAAACUUCUCUCAAUGGUUGACUACAGAACUCUCAAGUGUCUCGAGUGUAAUAGAACGUGGAACAAAAGAUCACAUUUACUGCGGCAUGCUGCACACCACAUUGGUUGGAAGCGGUUUAAAUGCAAGUUAUGUGUGUUCUCAGGUUAUGAUCGCUACAUGUGUAAGUCUCAUCUUAAACGAUGCCAUCUGGGCAAAAUCCAUGGACUCACAGUAAAGGUACUUGACUACUAUAUAGUAGAUAUGAUGGAAGAAGAAAACGACGAGGUUUAAGGAAAAUAUGAAUUGCCACCAUGAUGGAAGGAAAUACUCUGUAUGGGAACAGCUGUGUGUGUGUAUGUAAGCAUGAGUAUGUGUGUACACAUUACACACACUCUUAUUCGCCUACACUCACACACAUUUCAAAUGAAUGGUAAUUGUCAAAUAGAAUUUUAUUAAAUUCAAAAUAUACUGAUGAAAUGCAUACACAUUACUAUAUGUCUGUGUAUCUGUGGUGUGCGUAUUUGUAUACAUAUAUUUAUGUAUAUAGAUAUGUCUUUGUGUAUUAUGUAUAUAUACAUACAUACACACAUACAUAUGGGCGUGCAUACAUAAAUGUAAUAUAUUACAUGUACUUGUUUGUGUACAACACAUACAGCAAAGUUAUUUUUUGUGUGUAUGUGUGUGUGAGAUAAUAAUAUUGAUACCUUGUAGUAUGUGAAUUCUGUGCAUAUACAUACAUAUGCAUGCACACACACACACACAGCUACAUACAACAUAUACAUGUAGUUGUGUAUGUUCAUUUUAUUUAAAUAUAAACCAUAUAUUUAAAAAAAAAGCAAAAAGAACCAUUGAAGUGUAAGAAUACCAUUCCUGCUCUCUCUCUCUCCAAGAUCUGAACCCUCACCUACCCCCAGAUAACUAUUUUACGUUUGUCUCUUCCACAUAAUGUCAUGAGGAACGG